GGAGUACGGAGGUAAUGGAUUCGACUUUUUACAACCACCGCACAACCGUAUCAAUGAUGGCCGAACCAUUGAGCGAUUAUGAAGCUGCGCUUUCCGCGAUCCGCCAAUCAGGCCUAGGGCAUCCAGACAGGCCACUCCUCGAGAGUUUUAUCGACGAUUCUGUUGACCGUGGUCGAGCUGCAGCAUUUCUGCUCAAGCGAUUGUCUCGUGACACCACCACAUCCAAACCCGAUAUUGGAGCAUUUCUGGCUGAUUGGAAACGUACCAUUGCUAUGUGUAAUAUCCCCAGUCAGGAAAACUUCCACGGCGUGGGUUGUUAAGCUGACUUAGUUGUAAGUCGUGCGCGGUGGUGGCUACGAAGCGCCUGACAGAAGCGUCAUCGCCAGCGUUGCGCAAAGAGACGGCGGGAAGUGCUGUAUCACCGGCCUUCAGGGUUCAUUCUGGGAUCCUUUGGUUGUCGUGCCCAUCCUCCCAAAAAUAAAACCCACAGACAUUGCAACCAGUGUGGGUGCCACAUAAUCAGCUCGUUACACCAACUGGGCAUUCAUGGC